AUGAAGGAGGCCGCGCUUUGGACAGAUGGCAGAUACUUUCUGCAGGCGGAGCAACAGCUGGAUCCCAAGGCCUGGAUAUUAAUGAAGAGCGGGCUGCCCGGCACUCCCCAAAAGGAAGAAUGGAUUAUGGAGAAAUUAAAGGCUCCAAACUCGACGCUUGGAUUUGACCCAACCCUAGUCCCCUUUGAUUUGAUCCAAAAAUGGAAGGGCUACUGGAGCGCUCAAAAUGCACCCAUAGAAAUAUGUCCGAUUGACCAAAACCUGGUCGAUCUGGCGUGGAGCUGUAGGCCCGCUCGUCCUUGCAAUGCAGUUUCCGAGCUUGCCCUUUCAUUUUGCGGAAAAUCAUUUGAGGACAAGCUCAAAGACCUUCGCUCGAAAAUCGAGGCCGAAAAAUGUGCCGGCCUGCUUGUGUCGUCUCUGGAUGAAAUAGCAUGGAUUUUGAACUGGAGAGGCUCCGAUAUCGAUUUCAACCCGAAUGGAGCAAUCAACUGUCUUGCCAAAAACCUAACGCCGCCCGUUGUCAUCAGAGACUACAAUGCGCUUUUUUCCGAUCUCAAGUGCUGGAAGGAGCUCUCAAAUACGUUUGACCGCGUUUUGAUGGCCAAAGGCGUGUCUUCGGUAGAUCUUGUCGAAUCUGCAGGCGGCGAGGCAGUGAAAACUAGAGUUGAGAUUGACGGAUUUCGCAAGGCACACGUACAAGACGGAGUUGCAUUGGUAUUUACAGUUUGGCUUAGCCGUAGUGAAUCCACAGCGGCAAACAAACUCAAGGAAUUCAGAAGUCAAGGGAAAAACUAUGUCGGCCUCAGCUUUGACACCAUCUCGGCUUCUGGCCCCAAUGCCGCCAUCAUCCAUUACAAGCCUUCCGCAGAGCUCUCUAGAUCGCUUUCGCUUGAUGAAAUUUAUCUGAACGGGACAACGGACGUUACUCGGACGCUGCAUUUUGGAACGCCUUCUUUGGAAGAGAAGAUGGAUUUCACGCGGGUUUUGAAGGGCAACCUUGCGCUUGGAAGCAUUGUGUUCCCCGAAAAGACCUCCGGCUUUCAUCUCGAUGUUCUGGCAAGACAGUUUUUAUGGGAAAGCGGCAAGGAUUAUAGGCAUGGCACUGGCCAUGGCGUCGGCCAUUAUCUUAAUGUGCACGAAGGUCCGCAUGGCAUUGGAUUUCGCGAAGAAUAUCUCAAAAAUACGCUUGUUGACGGCAUGGUGGUCACCAAUGGUAUUGCUGCAUUGUUGCUGUUUUCAUUAGAGCCUGGAUUUUACAAAGACAGUGCCUUCGGUAUCAGAAUCGAGGACAUUAUGAUUGUGCGAAGCAAGACUGAUUUUCCGGAACCCGCUUUUGGGGGCGUUGCCUUUUACGAAUUUGAAAAGGUUACAAUGUAUCAUAGUCAAGUUUAUGUUACUUUGGCACCGCUUUUGAAGGAGCUUGAUGCCAAAGCAUUAGAUUGGCUAAAGAGAGAAACCAGCCCCAUCUGCUAA